AAAAAAAUAAAUCUUUAGAUAUGAUAAUUGAAACGCAUAGACGCAAAAGGAAAGUAAUGAACUUCCUGUUGUUGUAUAUGAAGCAGUAAGAUAAAUUUGCAAGUAUCUGUUUUGAGUCUGAUUUUUGUUAUCCAAUUAUGCUAUUAUUAUGAUGAUUGUUCAAGAUAUGAGCUUGGGAUCUCUUGGUUUUGGUUGUAUUGAAUCCUGGGAUUUUGUUUAUUUGCUGCUGUUUGUAGACUUGAGCUGCAAUUUCUCUGUCUGUCUAAGCAAAGCUGGGAUUAUGUUUGAAAACUGAAGACAGUUUUAUGGAGUAAUAAGGAUUAAUUAUGAUUGUUAAUUAUGUUAUAUUAGUAAGGAAAGCCUGAUAUCUGCAAGUAAACAUCUUUGGAAUGUGGGCAGCAAUUGCAGGAAAAUGGUUAACUUGAUUGAUGCUAAUUAAUACCGAGUUAUGGGUGCAGAACAGAGAAGAGACCAUUUUGAAUUUUAUUUCUGUGGACCAAGAAUACGUUGCUAAUUAAUUAGGAGGAGGAAUAACUCAAUAAAGAAAAGGGAGAAAAACAAAAAGAAAAGAAAGAAAAAUCAUGCACGAAAGUACUUUCCUCUGUCCUAAAGUUAAAUCUCACCGAAGAAGAGGCAGGCACUGUCUGUUUAUGUGAAUGUGGUUCAUGAAAACCAUGAAUUCUGUGAUGCCUUUUUUGUUUUAUCUGAGCAAGUGAAGUCAUCACUCUUGAUAAAGUGACACUUGUAUACCAAGUUUCUCCCUUUGCAGUUAUUUUACCGCUGGUUUAGCAUCACCCUUCCAGUGGGCUGUUUUUUAUUGUAUAAGAAAGCGGUUUUUCUUUUUCCUCGAGUUGAUUAGAUGGAACAGUAGUAUAUAUGUGUCAUUCAGAAUAUAAUCGAAUAGUCAUGGCAUUCCUGUUUCUGUAAAUUUCCGGAGCCUGAUACAGAAUAAGAUUGUGGUAUGUUUUUUAGUAAUUUCCCCUAAUGAUAUUAAAACUGAUUGAUUUUCUUUUUACGAAAUGUUUCCAAGAUGGAUGGACACUAUCUUUUUUGGUUUCUGGACUUCCUUGCACUUUAGAGUUUAGACAGCUACUAUAACUAGAUAUGACUAGUGAUGAUGAGAACGCAAAAGAACCGUUUGCGGAAUUUCAGUGUUCCUUUUUUUCGGUUUCUCGGCAGCUGUCUUUUUGUUCUGCAUUAUAAGUUUAGCUUACAAAUUUGAGGUAAAUGCAAUGGGAAAUUUCAUUUUGAAGUUUCUUGGUAUUCUGAUUUUUGCAGGGGUAUCAAAGCUUCAACUUUGAUACAAGAACUUCUGUUAAAUCAUAAGAACUGGGAGCUUAUUGAGUUAGGAACCGACUUGUCACAUGGGGACUGGGGAUCAGAGUACCCCUGUUAAGGCUUCUAAGCCUGCCUCUACAAAUCAGGAAACUCCUGUUGCUCCCUCGUAUCCUGAUUGGUCGACGUCCAUGCAGGCGUACUAUGGAGCUGGUGCUACUCCACCCUUUUUUGCCUCAACUGUUGCUUCCCCAAGUCCAUAUAUGUGGGGCAACCAGCACCCAAUGAUGCCACCAUACGGUACUCCAGUUCCAUACCCUGCUUUAUAUCCUCCGGCAGGUGUUUAUGCCCAUCCUACUAUGGCAAUGGCUCCAGGACCACUUCAACCGGCUGUUGAAUCAGAUGUGAAAGCUCCUGAAGGGAAGGACCGCACUACGAGCAAAAAGUCCAAGGCCAAUAAUAAGGCUGGGGAAAGUGGUAAAGCAGCUUCAGGGUCUGGAAAUGAUGGUGCUACUCAGAGUGCUGAAAGUGGAAGUGAAGGUUCUUCAGAUGGAAGUGAUGAGAAUAAUAAUGAACAAUCUGCAUCAAAGAAAGGAAGUUUUGAUCAGAUGCUUGCAGAUGGUGCAACUGCUCAGAACAGUCCUACUGUCGGGAAUUUCCAGUCUUCAGUGCCUGGGAAUCCUGUAGUUUCUGUUCCUGCUACUAAUCUCAAUAUCGGAAUGGACUUGUGGAACCCAUCUUCUACUGCUUCUGGCACUAUGAAAGUGCGUACAAAUCCUGGUGUCUCACCUGCUGUAGCUCCAGGCAUGAUGGGCGACCAGUGGAUUCAGGAUGAGCGGGAGUUGAAAAGACAAAAGCGAAAGCAAUCUAAUCGGGAGUCAGCUCGGAGAUCAAGAUUGCGCAAACAGGCUGAAUGUGAAGAAUUGCAGCAGAGAGUAGAGUCUUUGAACGGUGAAAAUCGUGCUCUGAGAGAUGAGCUGCAGAGGCUUUCUGAGGAAUGUGAGAAGCUUACUUCAGAAAACAACUCCAUAAAGGAAGAAUUGACUAGGUUGUGUGGACCAGAGGCAGUAUCAAAAUUAGAGAGUGGUGUUCAAACCCAUGGCGAGGAAAAUAACAGUUGAGAUAGAACAAGUGAGUUGGAAGUUCAGACUAUGUGACUGAGUUAAAACUUGCUGGAAUAUAAAAGGCAAGCGCUUGAGAUCAUUAAUAUCAUAGGAUUUUCAUUAGUUAGAGAAUGUUGUUCCUUACAGAUUUAUACAGUUGUAACCCUUUCUCAGUUGUAACUAUAUAUGAUUCAUCUCUGGAAAAACUGAUGUAGCAAGAGCUCUGUUUGUGCUCUUUUGUUGUAAAACUGUUAGUAAGGAGUUGAAGAAAGGGGAGGACAUACUUGGAUUAUUUACACCUGCUUUCCAUUUGUCAUUUUUCUAACCAAUUGUUCAAUUGCUAUCAUCUAACAGUUCUUCCAUGAAAUUAGGCAUCUAGUUAUCUUGUGACUGCAUUGCGUUGUUUCCCCCUUGGAAUCGAGGCUCUGAUGAUCUGAUCCUUGAACUGCUUUCUUUUUCUGUGGGCACAAGCCGAAAUAGUGCUGGUGUUUCUGUGGCUUGAGAAUAUUUUGAAGGGCUCUGUGAUUGUGAUGGAAGG